AUGGCGCCAUCAACCAGCCGCACUCAUGGGCCAACCGCAGUCAAACAUUUUCUCAAUACAGAAUACAAGGACGACCCGACAAUCAAGCAAAAAGUCGAUGCUGAAUUGAAGGAAAGCAAUUACCCUGGGAAGACACGUAUCGCCGGGCUUCGUACGGUUGCAACCAAACUUAUGGCUGAACGGGGAGAUGAGUAUAUGAAGAGAAUGGAAAUUGAGGCCAAAACAGAGUGUGAGCUUCGUGCAGAGAAAGCUAAGGCAGAGGCAGAGGCUUUUUGCAAUCCUACCGAGUCCAUGAGGACACAGUUUAUUGAAGGGUUACCAGGAGUUGUUGGCCAACUUUUGAACACUAUUCACAAGACGACCAGUUGGCACGCAAGCAUUUAUCUUGGUGGACCGGAUCCCUGCACUGCUGGGGAAGUACGUGUUUUCAGUUUUCACCAUGGAAAGAACACAACAGGAUUCAACUUUCGUGAUGCAAUCCUUGAUCAUCAUACGCGCAUCGUUGAACCUUACACUGCUUUUCUGAAGGGUGCCUUUACGGGCAAACGAUCUGACUCAGUUUUCACACCUGACCGCUCUGGGCCUCCAUCCAUGGCAUCCAACUCCACCACUAGUGUUGAUCCUUACUGGACUUCAGCAGGUUCUAGUCAGAUUCUCCCUGCCCCAGGCGCAUCUCUACCAGCGCUACAGAGCUCUGUCUCCUCAAUGGCUGAUAUGAUGCCUGUACCAAAGGACGACAUGCAUCUUGGUGAGAUCCGCCCACUUUCACAAGGGCUCUUGUUGAACCCGUCACUCAUAGCGCCUUGGGAUGUCAACACUUUCAACGACAUGUUUUCCUUAUCACAAGAUUAUGGACUCAACUUUGGGGGCACCUCGAUGUCAUCUGACAACAUGCAACUCCCAAGACUUCCUUCCGCCAUGUCACAGGAGGAGCCUGAUUCGCCCGUCUCAUCGUGGAAUAGGGAACAUCAAGCUGGGUGGAUGCAGUCUCCUCCACGACUUCGUGGUGCCUUGUCUCAAGUUGCGUCUGCUUCUGCUGACUUUCAGAUACCUUGUCCAUCCGAUGGUGGGGUUGAGCAGGGAUCCUGGUAUGACUUUUGCAGUAAUUCACCUCAAGAACAACCUGGCGCGCCACCAUCCAUAGUACCUACGCCCACUGAACACGAAUCGGUCCCUACAGACCCUGAAGCACCUUCAACAGCUCUCACCGCUCAUGUGGUUGCAGGUCUCACGACCACUCUUGCGACUAAUCCUGCAUGCGUGGUGACUCCCAAAUCUACUGCCCCACACUUGGAUGAUUCUCUGGAAGAUAUCGUCAAUCCUGCAUGCGUGGCGACUCCCGCAUCUACUGCCCCGCACUCGGAUGAUCCUCUAGAAGAUAUCGUCAAUCCUGAAGUGCGUCGGAGUCGUCAUGCGCACGUACCAUCAACUCACCUUGAGGAAGCAAACAACAUUGGGUCCGACAUUGGGAAAAGAUCACGCAAGCCACGAAAGCCAGCUCCUAAUUGA